AAGUAAACCAUGGCCACAAGUGAUUUUGUCAAGAGCCUCUUCCGUCUUAUUAGGCGCCAGUGCAGACACUAAGAAACUAAACAUGGAUGACACUUCCAAGAAUAGUGACUCAACAUUUUAAUUAAACCCAAGUGUCUCUCUUUUAAUCGUUUACGUGGUGCAAGGACGGUCGACGUCUGCAUUGACAAGGAAGCAAGCGAUAUGUUAGAGUCAUCAAGUUCAAGCUCCUCAGGAAUGCAGCUGCCCCCAAAGUUAAGCGGUCAGCUCCCACGAGUCAAAUUGGAACCUCGUUACACUGUGUGCCCACAGGGCCGGAUCCAGCAGCAGUACAGCAGAGAGUCCGCAUCAGGAGACAGUACCUACGGUGCGACACCAGGGAUGUGUCACAUUAAAGAUGAACACGGAGACACCUCCUCGAAUGAACAUCUGGUCGUAGUAGUGAAGACCGAGCCUUACGACUACACGGUUUUGCCCGGGCAGGACAACGUGGGACGCAGCAGUGACUCACCAUCAGAAGUUUCAGAAGCAAAAGCAUGCACUGCAUUACUUCAUGUAAAGGAUGAGCCAGAAGACAUUUGUGAUCCAACAUUAUCAUGUUGCAACUCUUCAAAUGUACUGUUGAACAUCGACACAGCAACAGUUCGACUUCCAUCACUCAACAACCUUGUCCCAGUCAACACGAUCAGUCAUUCCACGGAUUCCAAGCCCAGGGAAAUAGCUCCUUUUCUUGAACAGAGCAAUACCAUAGAGGAGGGAGACCGCUCUAUCUGUGACCGAGAGAAGGACAGGACAGACAGGUGGAACGUUUGUUUGACUACAGGCGUUGAUCAGUUGGAAGUUCAGCUCGAGACUCAAAAAACUAGUACAUUUACCUGCAAGACAUGUUCUCUGACGUUCCGUCAGCUGUCAGCCCUGAGAGCACACAUGAAACAUCACACAGGCAAGAAGCCGCACAAGUGUGAUCUCUGUCCUGCAGCUUUCAGCCGUAGAAUGGACAUGCAGCGUCACAAGCGGACACACUCGGGCGAGAAGCCACAUAGGUGUGAUCUCUGUCCUGAGGAGUUCAUCCGGAAAACACAACUGCGGUGUCACAAACAGACGCACACGAGUGAGAAGGCAUACAAGUGCAAUCUCUGUCCUACAGAGUUCAGCAGCAACAUGCAACUGCGUUGGCACAUGCAGGCACACACGGGUGAGAAGUCAUACACGUGUGAUCUCUGUCCCGCGGAAUUCAACCAGAGCUGGCGCCUGCGACGUCACAAGCUGACACACACGGGCGAGAAGUCUCACAAGUGUGAUCUCUGUCCUGCAGUGUUUAGCAAUGGCACACACCUGCGUUGUCACAGGCGAACGCACACAGAAGAGAAGCCAUACAAGUGCGAUAUGUGUCCUGCAGAGUUCAGCCAAAGCACAAACCUGAAGUCCCACAAGCGGACACACACAGACGAGAAGCCCUACAAGUGUGAUCUUUGUCCUGCAGAGUUCAGCCUUAGCAUGGACAUGCAGCGUCACAAGCAGACACACACAUGCGAGAGGCCACACAAGUGUGAUCUCUGUCCUGCAGCGUUCAGCCGUAGCACGGACAUGCUGCGUCACAAGCGGACACACACAGGUGAGAGGCCACACAAGUGUGAUCUCUGUCCUGCAGAGUUCAUCCGGAAAACGCAACUGCAGUGUCACAAACGGACACACAUGAGCGAGAAGUCAUACAAGUCCAACCUCUGUCCUACAGAGUUGAGCAGCAACAUGCAAUUGUGUUGGCACAUGCAGAUACACACGGGUGAGAAGUCAUACAAGUGCGAUCUUUGUCCUGCAGAAUUCAACCAGAGCUGGCGCCUGCAACGUCACAAACAGACACACACUGGCAAAAAAACCCACAAGUGUGACCUCUGUCCUGCAGUGUUCAGCAAUGGCACACACCUGCGGUGUCACAGACGGACACACACAGGAGAGAAGCCAUACAAGUGCGAUCUGUGUCCCGCAGAGUUCAGCCAGAGCACAAACCUGAGGUCCCACAAGCGGAUACACACAGGCGAGAAGCCCUACAAGUGCAAUCUCUGCCCUGCAGAGUUCAGCCACAGCACGGAUAUGAAGCGUCACAAGGAGAUACACACAGGCAGGAAGCCGUACAAGUGUGAUCUCUGUCCUGCAGAGUUCAACCAGAGAACGCACCUGCGUCGUCACAAACGAAUGGGAAGCCAUAGGAGAGGGACCUCUGCCCUGCAGGGUUCACCUCAGCCUGCAGUGCCACAGGCUGAUGCAGACGGGUGACAAAGCUUGGUUCCAAAAAGCAGGGUUCAAAGUGCUGCGUUUCUCAGCUGCAGGCACCCGAUGGGCCAUGUGCGAAUGCACAGCCCACAAGCAAGAAGCCGUACAAGUGUAAUGUCUGUCUUGCGUCUGUCAGGAAGAACCAGUGGCGUCAUGAAAGCAACUGCAGGCACACUGAGGAAGUGUCAACUCUGGUCUCCAGUGUAACCACAUAUGCCUUAUGGACAUUCAGAGGAUGCCACAUGUUGGAUUUUUAGCAUGUCUAGUGAAUAUCCUAAUGUGGCCAAAUGACGUUGCACGAACCUACUGUAGAUCGUCGAUCAUAUGCCUUAUGGACAUUCAGAGGAUGCCAUAUGUUGGAAUUUUGGCAUGUCUAGUGGAUGUCUGAAUUAGGUUGCGGGGACAUACUGUAGAUCGUCAAAAGCUGGACAAGAACACAAUCUGUAAACAUCAUAGCAGCUGGACAUUUGUGACAUCUCGUGAACGUGAGCGCAAAGCAAUGGUCUGUCCAGAUAACAUCCCAUGGCAGCUGUCUUCCCAUUUAUGUGUGGCAUUUAUUUUUGCGCUGACAACAAAUUUAAAACGUUGAUGUUAAUGAUAUGCUACUGUCAAAUGCAGUAAGUCAUGCAGUAAGUCAUGCAGUAAGUCAUGCAGUUCAAUGCUUUGACUUUAUAAGCACGGUCAAGUGAAACAGUUAGUAUGGCAUAGAGCUUUAUAAGGUUCCUUAAGAUACACAGCUUCCAUCUUGAGCCAUUACUGGAAGUAGCCUUGUUGUCUCGGUGUGGAGCUGCAUAUUUCGAAAAGGAACAGUCAUUGCCUGUGUAAGGUUAUUUAUUCAGCUGAAGGCACUUGCCUCCACUAGAGAUAAUCUAGGAUACAUGCUGUGGUCUCCCUUCUAAUCUCCUACUGAUCUUUCACCUUGUACUAGAGUGGAGGGCGACUGUAGAAUGAGCUUCUUGACAAUUUUUGAUAGGCCUAACCCGUAUGGGUAAGGCUAUUAUUCAACACUAUAAGCCAAGUGUUACUGUGUUUCUAGUAUUGUAAAGCGUCAACAAUCCAUAAACACAACUAAAUGGAAACCAAAACCCUACUGCGAAGAAUUAUGGUGCAUUGCUGCAACCUUGUAUGGACUGAAUAGUACCUGUACCUUGACUCUUUUGUGCCUUUGUCACUCUGUCGCUGAUGUGCCUCAUAAACUGCACAGAAAAUAUACUGUAUACCAUUGUAAAUGAGGAAGUUCAGCUGUGUGCAGUGUUACGUGUCAUUUCCAAUACCAUAUAACAACUGACACAAGCAGGGCUAGGAUGAUAAUAGGGAGAGAUGAUAGAAUAAUGAUCGCUUCUAGGAGGUAAAAUUGCCAUAUAAACGGAACCGCUUAGCUUUCGUCAUGGCAUAUUCAGCAGUAGUGAUACACCGUAGAGACAACAAAAUGUUUCAUGCGUAAUGAAUUGACCAUGACAGCUUUUUUUUUUUUUUUUUUCACUUUAAAUGCCCAUGUUUUUAUGUGAGCCGUACAAGAUUGUGACAACACAAGGGGUAUGUCCCCACACUGCCUCUGAAGUGCCAAGUUGAGUUUUUCUCUGUGAACAACAUGGACUUUGCCAAGCUGAAAUAAAUAAACCGAAAUAACAGGGAAAAAAAAGUGAGAUUGUAUUGGUGAGAUAAGACAAAUUGUGUUGUAAUGUGAAACCCGUACCAUACGGAACUUGAUCAGAGUGUCAAAGUUGCAGCGGAUGGCGAGGGACAGUGAUUGGAGGUACAAUCACAGGUGCUGGAUAUUGGAUGCAUGUGCAUGCAUGAUUAUUGAUCAUAUGAAAACAAUCUCAUUGACAGGUUUAGUCAAUACAAGACAGUAGUCUGCUUAAUUGCCAUCUGUUAUGGGGUGCUGAGAGGUACAAAGACCUUGUUUGGACAGAGUAGACACAUAACCCCUCCCACACACACAUAUUGUUCAAUACUCUACAAUUCACUAGACAUUCUACUGCACGAGAACAGAAGAUUGGAAAUGGCGUGAUGACAGAUGACUUCAGCCCUGCUUCCAGAUUUGUUCCAUGCAUUGUUGAAUAGGCAUUAGUACCUAGCUCUACUUGAAAACUGUGGAACCUCAGUAACCUCUGAGGCCAUGUUCCAAGUGUGAGGUCAGCAGUGAUAUGUGUGAUGCUGUGGGUCCGUAGUCGCCGUGCAGUGUUCAACACAAUUUAUGUUCAUAUGUUAUGAGGGCUGUGUGCCUGGUGUUCAUCAGCAACGAUUAGCACCUGGAGUGUGAUGGAAGUGCGAGAUCCUGGACCUGUGGGUGAGGUACAAGUUUUCGACCCAGUGGUCAGUUGACCAGUACCAUUAUGCCACAAGCUGUGAUGAUGCUGUGCAUCAGAAUCUAAGACCGUGACAUUAUCCCUGUUGACCAGGUGUAUAUAGGACAGAUACGGUGGUGCUCCGGAUCUAGGUGAACCAGUGUACAGAACGAGAGGUAUUUAGAAUAGCAAAUAUCGAGCUUUGAAACCAUUUUUCUACUCUCUGAACUGUUCUCUGCUCACUUUCUUUGUAUAAACAGAGCAUACCUUAACCGAACAUGUAUAUUGUUCAUUUUGUGUGUUUGCUGUUUUGUUUUUGUAAGGAUACAGCUUUGGACAAAAGUUUAUGGAACACAGCACUCACAUAUUUCGUUCUAGCAGUGUCCACCCUGGUAUUCAACAGGAGCGGAUGAAAUUACUAACAGGUGACAGGACAACCGAGACACCUGCUUCAAAUUUUGUCCACUCUCAUUCAGAUGGUCCGUGUUCCAUGAGUUCUUGUGCAAAACUUGCGCAAUGUAUUAUUAUGGAAUGCUAUCUAGGAAAGAUGGUUAUAUCAGCUUUAAAAAUGCGCAUGACCUUUGUACCCCCUAAAUUAGGAUAAUUUGUAUUGGGAUGGCUGUGUGCACAAUGUCAUUUCUGCCCAUAAAAAGCGAGACAGUGAAAUAAACGAAUUUGUCUGUUGUCA